AUGAGGGUGCUCGUGCUAGCCUUGGCUGUGGCCCUUGUGGCUGGCCACCAGCUCAAAUUAGAUCCAGAGUUUGCUGUUGGAAAGACAUAUACCUACAAAUAUGAAGCAAUUCUUAUGGGUGGACUUCCCGAGGAGGGUCUGGCUCGGGCUGGCUUCAAAAUAAGGAGCAAAGUUCUGAUCAGUGCCUUGGCUGCCAACACCUUUGUACUGAAGCUGCUGGAGCCAGAGCUCUUUGAGUAUAGUGGCAUCUGGCCCAAAGAUGCUUUCAUCCCAGCCACUAAGCUCACCUCAGCCCUCUCAGAUCAACUCUUGACACCGCUGAAGUUCGAGUAUGCUAAUGGGGUUGUAGGCAAGGUGUUCGCACCGGCUGGCGUCUCUGCCUCUGUGCUGAAUAUCGUCAGGGGAAUCCUCAACAUCUUCCAAAUGAACAUCAAGAAGACGGUGAACGUCUAUGAGCUUCAGGAGCCUGGCGUACAGGGCGUUUGCAAGACCCAUUACCUGAUCACUGAAGAUGCAAAGGCUGAGCGUGUCCUGUUGACCAAGACCAAAGACCUGAACCACUGCCAGGAGAGAAUUAUGAAGGAUAUCGGCAUGGCUUAUACAGAGAGAUGUGCUGAGUGUCGAGCGAGAGGCAGUGCCCUAAAGGGAACAGCAGCAUUCAACUAUGUCAUGAAACCAUCAGCCACAGGUGCUCUGAUCCUGCAGGCGUCCUCGACUGAGCUUAUUCAGUUCUCUCCCAUUAACAUCAUGAACGGUGCUGCCCAAAUGGAGGCCAAACAAUUCUUGACAUUUCUGGAGAUCCAGAAAGCUCCAUUGGAGCCUAUUAAAGCUGAAUACCUCCACCGUGGAAACCUGCGGUAUGAGUUUGGCAGUGAGCUGCUUCAGACACCCAUCCAGCUCCUAAGAAUUACCAAUGCUGAGGCUCAGAUUGUUGAGAUUCUGAACCACUUGGUGAACAACAAUGUGGCCAAAGUCCAUGAAGAUGCACCGCUCAAGUUCAUUGAGCUCAUCCAGCUGUUGCGUUCGGCCAAAUAUGAGACUAUUGAGUCCCUCUGGUCACAGUUCAAAUCACGUACCACUCAUAGAGAAUGGAUUCGUAAUGCUGUCCCUGCCAUUGGCACUCACGUUGCAAUGCGGUUCAUCAAGGAAAAAUUCCUCGUUGGUGAACUGACCCUUGCUGAAGUGACUCGGUCUCUUACGAUAGCCAUACACAUGGUGACUGCUGACUUGGAGGCCAUCAAGCUCCUAAGGGAGUUCGCUGAGAACCAAAAGGUUAUGGAAACUCCAGUUUUGAACGAGAUUGCUGCACUAGGCUAUGGCAGUCUGGUUUCGAAAUACUGUGGAGAGAACCCCACUUGCCCAGUGGACCUCAUCAGGCCUGUCCACGAAUUGGUUGCCCAGGCUGUUGCCAAGGGUGAUAUUAACGAAAUAAUUGUCACUCUCAAAGUUCUGGGUAAUGCAGGACAUCCUAGCAGCCUCAAGCCAAUCUUGAAGGUCCUGCCCAGCUUUGGCAGUGCUGCUGCUACUCUGCCACUGCGAGUUCACAUCGAAGGUGUUCUGGCCCUGAGGAACAUUGCCAAGAGAGAGCCAAAAAUGGUCCAGGAGGUCGCUGUUCAGCUGUUCAUGGAUAGAGCCCUUCACCCAGAGCUCCGCAUGGUUGCUGCCAUUGUGCUGUUUGAGACCAAAUUGCCCAUGGGUCUGGUGGCUGCCCUUGCUGACGCACUCUUGCGAGAACCAAAUCUUCAGGUUGCCAGCUUGGUUUACUCUUACAUGAAGGCAAUGACGAGGUCCACCACUCCUGAUUUUGCGCCUGUUGCUGCAGCCUGCAAUGUUGCUGUGAAUAUCCUCAGCCCCAAACUUAACAGACUCAGCUAUCGCUACAGCAGAGCGCUCCUUGUUGAUGGCUAUUACAGCCCCUGGAUGGUGGGUGCUGCUGCCAGUGCCUUCUAUGUGAAUGACGCUGCAACUGUUUUGCCAAGAACCAUCAUGGCCAAAGCGCGCACCUAUUUGGCAGGAGCUUAUGCUGACGUCAUUGAGAUCGGAGUGAGAACUGAGGGAAUCCAGGAAGCCCUUUUGAAAGUCCAAGAUCUUCCUACCAACACAGAUAGGAUCACCAAGAUGAGAAAAGUUCUCAAGGCUCUUUCUGAAUGGAGGGCCCAGCCUUCAAGCCAGCCCCUAGCCUCGGCACAUGUGAAACUUUUCGGACAGGAGAUUGCCUUUGUCAGUGUCAACAAAGGAUUGGUUGAUCAGUUAAUGGCGCUUGUCACUGGACCAGAAGUUCAGACUUAUGGAAGGAAGGCUUUAGAUGCGGUGCUGGCUGGUACAAAAUUUAAUUUCGCUGAGCCAAUGUUAGUUGCUGAGGUUCGUCGCAUCCUGCCCACUGCUGUCGGUCUGCCUAUGGAACUCAGUUUCUAUACUUCUUCUGUAUUGAAUACAGCCAUUGAACUCCAAGCCAUUGUGUCACCACCUAUAGCUCAGAAAUUCCACCCGUCCCAGCUUCUUAAAUCAGACAUCAGCAUGAGGGCUGCAUUUUCUCCGAGUGUUUCCUUGUAUACCUAUGCAGUGAUGGGUGUGAAUACUGCAUUGGCCCAGGCUGCUGUGGUCUCAAGAGCCAGAAUUUACACUAUUCUCCCAGCAUGGAUCGAAGCAAGACUUGACAUGAUCAAAGGAAACUUCAAGUUUGAGCUCCUGCCUGUCCAGGGCGUCAAUAAGAUUGCAUCUGCACUUGUUGAAACUUUUGCCGUUGCACGAAAUGUUGAAGAUCUUGCUGGUGCUAAGAUAACACCGAUGAUUCCGGCCGACUUGACACCACAGUCCUCAAAGAAGAGCUCAUCCAGGUCCUCCAGGAUGGGAUCCUCUCUGACUGAUGACAUGUCAGGGUCAUCUGAGCUUGUCUCUGACCAACAAAGCAAAAUGAGCAAACUCAUCAAGGACUUUGAGAAAAGGCUGUGUGGAGAAAUUGAAACCUUUGGAAUCAAGGCAUGCACUAUGAUUGAAUCUCGCAAUGCGGCCUUCAUUCGAGACGUUCCACUGUAUGCCGUCAUUGGAAAACAUUCAGCUUUUAUUGAGGUUACACCAGCUGCUGGACCGGUCAUUGAGAAGAUUGAAAUUGAGAUUCAGGUUGGAGAGAAAGCAGCAGAAAAGAUUAUCAAAGUAAUUGACCUGAGUCAAGAUGAGGGGAUUCUUGAGGACAAGAAUGUCCUAAUGAAACUGAAGAAGAUCCUUGUCCCUGGUCUGAAGAACCGCACUUCCUCCCGCUCCAGCAGGUCCCAUGCUGUUAGCUCUCGCUCCAGCAGCUCAGACGUUUCUACCUCAUCCAAGGGUUCCUCUCACAAAAUAAGCAAGAUGGCUGACAUUCUCGACCCAAUUGUGAAGGCGUCCAAGUUACAAAAGUCCUCCAGCAGAUCCUCCCGCAGCAGCUCGAGCCUUCUUUCAAGCAAAUCCUCCAGCAGCCGAAGCACUAGCUCUUUGUCCAGCUCUCAGUCAAAGCAAGAACUGUAUGAAAUGAAUUUUACCAAGCACCACAUCCACCAGCAUGCACUCUCUGCAAGUCGCCGCAACAGCCAAAGCAGUGCCCGCAGUUUUAAUGCCAUCUACGAUAAGGCUAAAUACCUCACUAAUGCUGUCAACCCAACUGUGACCAUCCUCAUCCGUGCCGUGAGUGCUGACCACAAGGUACAAGGCUACCAAAUUGCAGCUUACUUUGACAAAGAGACUUCCAGACUGCAGUUGCUUUUUGCCAACCUGGCCAAGAACAACAACUGGAGAAUCUGUGCUGAUGGUGUGAGACUGAGCGACCACAAGUUGAUGGCCAAGAUUGCCUGGGGUAUUUACUGCAAACAAUAUGUGACUGAGAUCUCAGCUGAAACCGGUAUUGUUGGUCAAGAGCCAGCAGUCCGUUUGAAGCUAACUUGGGAAAAACUUCCACGCAACAUGAAGUACUACGGAGAGGAGUUGUCUGAGUACAUUUCAAGAUUCGCUCUGCAGGCUGGAAUGAGCCUGGCAAAGGCCAAGAAUGUUCACAAUCAGAUCAAACUGACAGUGGCAGCUGCAUCAGAACAAAGCCUGAAUGUUGUCCUCAAGACACCCAGUAGGACCAUCUUCAAAAAAGCCAUGUCUCUCCCUAUUUCUCUGCCCAUUGGAGACACUGCAUCAGAGCUGCGGGCGUACCAGGACAGCUGGGUUGACACCAUCGCCUACAUGGUCAGCAAGGCUCAUGCAGCUGAGUGCAGUGUAAUCAAGGACACGGUGAUCACAUUCAACAACAGGAAGGUCAAGGCAGAGAUGCCUCACUCUUGCCUCCAGGUUUUGGCUCAGGACGGCACCAGUAACGCUAAAUUCAUUGUUCUGCUGAAGCGAGACCAACAACAUGAACAAAACAUGCUCACUGUGAAGAUUGCAGACAUUGAUGUUGACAUGUAUCAGAAGGGCCAUGUUGCCAUGGUGAAGGUUAAUAAUGUAGAAAUCCCUGUCAGUGAUCUGCCAUACCGUCAUCCAACAGCCGACAUUCAGAUCAGACAGAGCGGUCAGGGCAUCGCUCUCCACGCUCUCAGACACGGUCUUCAAGAAGUGUACUUUGACAAAGACAUCCAAAAGGUUAAAGUUGUGGACUGGAUGAGAGGACAGACCUCAGGACUCUGCGGAAAGGCCGAUGGGGAGGUCAGACAGGAGUUACGCAUGCCCAAUACACGUUUGACCAAGAACGCAGUCAGCUAUGGUCAUUCCUGGGUUCUGCCCGCCGAGAGCUGCCGGGACGCCACAGAAUGUUACAUGAAGCUUGACUCUGUGAAGCUGGAGAAGCAGAUUAUACUACACGGUCAAGAGUCCAAAUGCUUCUCUGUCGAGCCGGUGCUGCGCUGCCUGCCUGGCUGCCUGGCGCUGAGAACCACCACCGUCUCAGUUGGUUUCCACUGCUUGCCUGCUGAUACUAGUCUAAACCGUUCUGAGGGUAUGAGCAGCAUCUUUGAGAAGAGUGUGGACCUGAGGGAAAAGACCGAAGCCCACCUAGCCUGCCGUUGCACUGCUCAGUGUGCUUGA